AAAAUAAAACAAAUUAAAAGAUGGGAGUAACGAGAAACCAUCAACGAAGCAAAUUUGAAAUCUAGAGGAACCAAACUCAAAUAAAUCAAACUCCAAAACUCUGAUCAUCUUCAAAGCCAUACACCAUUUCACUGAUACCAUACAGAAUCAUUCAAAUAACUAGUGAGAAAAAUAAGAUGGGAGGUCCAACAACAAAGAGGACAAUAUCACAAGAAGCAUUCGAAGAAGUAGUGAGAGAAAACAUGGAAGAUCUUGGAAUGGAACCUUCUGAAGCUCUUCAAGACGCCAUAGAUUCUCUCACUCUUCAAGGCGUCGAUCUAUCUGGUAUUAUCACUUGUGUGCCGGGAGAGAGUUCGGUGCAGGAUAAUCCAGUGAUUUCAUUAUUGGAAGAUUUGAAGAAGAAUUGGGCUGAUUGUGAGUCCAAGAAUGAGGAUGAAUUGCAUCAAUUAUCGCCAUUGUUUCUAAAACUUGCUCAACUUUGUGUUGAUUCUGAUGCGGAAAAAACUUCCGGAAAUUCGAAUUCUAAUGCUGCAAUUGCUGCUAGAAAUGGUGGAGUUGAAUUGGUGACGUCGAUUUGUGGCAAAGUUUCUGGAAGUGGAAAUGAGGAGGUUAUAGUUGCUGUUCUUCAGGCACUCUCUUCUUUGCUCUGUGAUAUUCAGAGUGCUCAAACAUUUCAGAAGUGUGGUGGACCAGAUAUUGUCAUUGGCAUUUUGAAGCAGGAUACUCCAAACCCAGAGUUGUUGAAUAGCUGCUUCUCUGUCAUUGCUGCCUCUGCUACUGGGAACGAAAUUCUCAAGGAGUCAUUUGUGAAUUUGAAAGUUGAUCAAUUCAUUAUGAAUACGUUGAAGGGGAGCAAUAAAGCCAGUGUUCCGAGCGUGUAUGAUGCUAUACGUGUUUUACUGACUCCUGAUGAUUACCGUGUUGCUGCUUCUCAAGUAUAUGGAUAUGCUCGACAAUUUGCGAAAAUUGGAAUUGCUGAAGCUCUUAUGGAUUCCCUCCAUGAGGGCCUUACUUCACCCACUCUAGUUUCAACAAGUGUCGCUCUCAAGGCUGUUGCUGUAAAUGAUGAGAUUUGCAGAAGCAUAGCUGAUAAGGGUGGUAUUGAUGCUGUUCUUCGAUGUAUAGAUGAAAGUGGUGAACAAUUGAACAAGCCUAUAGCCCGAUCAUGCUGCAUUUUGUUGUCUAAGUUGGCCGGAAGUGAUCACAAUAAGAGUACCAUAGUGGAGAAAGGAGGCAUGGAUAGACUGAUCAAGCUGUGUGCCAGAUUUGCUAAUGAGCCAUCUGUGAUACAAGAGGUUAUGUCUAUCAUUAAUGUGCUGUCCCUGAGAUCUCCUGAUCAUGCAUCUCGUGCUAUGGAAGCUGGAGCAGGAGAUAUGGCUAUCCAAGCCAUGCAAAAUUUUCCUGCUGCACAACAGCUGCAGAGAAAUGCUUGUCUUAUGAUACGAAAUCUUGUGGUUAGAAACUUUGAAAACAGAAAAAUCUUGCUCGACAAUGGCAUUGAGAAAAUCAUCAGAAAGGCUAGAGAAAGCCAUGAAAACUGCAAGGCUGCUGCAACAGAUGCUCUCCGAGAUUUGGGGCUUGAUAACUACAACUUAUAAUGUUCAUGCUCAUUCAGUUUGCUAUAAAAGUAAUUUUCCUCCUUUUACUCGAAUCAGACUAGCUGUAAUCGUCAUGCAUCUUUGUGUAAGGGUGAGAAGAUCUGCGGAAGUUUUGAUACCUGGCAUGCUAAGUUUUGGAGCACACUCGUCUUAAAUUGCGGAACAUUGUACGCUAAGUUUUGAUACCUGACAUGCUUAUGAAUCAAGAAUUUAGGGCUUUGGAGCACUCUCGUCCUUUUUUUUUUUUUUUUGCGUUGAGAGAUUUGACUCCCAUGUCAUCGCAUUGUUUUAUUACGUUGUGUAGUUGGCUACUCACCCAACUGAGCACAUAUUUUUGCAUUGUAUCCUUUGUUUUCGGUAUAUAAUUAAUUUUACCAUGCGUCUCUUGUAUUAAGCACUUGUUCGACAUUGCUAAACCUUCUUGUUGGAAUCUAUACUUAAGA